GCACGUCUGUCCUCUUAAUGGAUGGACUCAACUGAUUUUUUUGACGAGAGUUUUUGAAAGUUCAGUUCUUUAAAGUGAAUUGGAACUGACUACUUAUUGAGUGCCAGUGAACACAGGUGUUCCUGCUGCUUUGUUUAAAACCUGAGAAGUUCCCCAUUUUAAAUCUGACUCGAUUGCUAUUUUGUCACCAGAUGCAACAAGGCUGUGCUAUACUGUGGUUCACUGAAAGCUCGACACACAUGGUUUUCACUGGGUACUGACAAAAGGCCCAGAACAGAAAGAAUGAUGAAGAUGCAAGAUGAUGAUGGUUUGUUUUCUGUCUUUUUAAGGAUGGAGUCUCCACACUGAAGCCAAACAUCAGUGAAACAGUCAACACUAUGGCAGCUCCGUUAAAGUCAAUAGGACCCUCUCUGUCAUACAUCCAGUUAAUGCGCUCUCAGGACAAUCGAAAAUGGCAAGACUCACUCAGCAACAGUUCUGUCCCCAGCAUCCUCAAACUGGAUAAAGACUCCAUCCACUGCUUGAAGGACGGCCUCUACUUCAUCUACGCCCAGGUCACCUUCAGCGAGGUCUUGCAGGAAAACCAGGACAAAUCCGUGAUUUUGACAAGAUAUGCGGAUGGUAAAAGUAACAAGGUCCUGGUUGAGGGGACCUUACCGCACACAACACAUGGCUCCCUGUGGGUGGCCAAGAUUGUCAAACUCAGACAGGGAGACAACAUCAGCAUAAAUAUCACAAGUGAUUUUCGAACAGAUAGCACAUUCUGGGGUGUCUAUCAGCUUCAGUAGAGCUGCGGGUCUCCAGGAUUUGUUAUUACGCAACAGGGAAUCAAUUGCAUGUUAUUAGUAAAUCUAUACAAAUAUCAGCGAAAGCUGUUCUGCACCUGUAUUUGUUCCAACAUGUUGUGCUAGAUAUUUAACUUUAAUCUUAUGCUAAAUCAGUCAGUCUUUUUUUUUGUGGAGGGUAAAACCUUUUAAUAAUCUUUGUGGCCAAUGCGGAACACUAAAAUGUUAAAAUCUCCAUCAGGCAGGGUGAAGAAGUUUUUAAUGGCAGGUUUUACCGACCAAAAUCUUGUUAUAAAAGGUCACAUCUUGAUAUCAGACUGACUUUGGACAAAAAUAUCUUAGUAAACCAACAAACAACAUCAGUCUAACCUUAGCAGAGUCAGUGCUUUUAAGUAUGCCAGCUGGUUCUGACUUUUGAAGAAGAGCAGCUUUUGAUGGUCAAUUUUUGACAUUGGUAUUUUAAAUGAAUGUAAACUGUGUCUGUCUGGGGCAUGAAUAUGUUUGUUUUCAUUUCUGUGGUCUUGUGUAAUUUAUGAAAUGGAAUAUUGUAUGUCAGUGGUUUGAUUUCAGGGAGGGAGAGUGAAAUGACGAAGUAAUAAAAACUAUUUUAAAGACACUGACUCAAUUUAGUGACUUCUUAUUUGCGCUCUGAAGUGCCAUGUGACCACACGGUGGCGCCACUUUUCUCCAAAUCAGAGGUUACAUAUAAGACUGCAUG